GACCCGCCUUCGACGCAACUAUUUUUUUCAAAGGGCCAUUGACACACAGGCUAGAGAAAGCCGCGGCCUUUCACAAUAGGAUUUAAUUAUUUUUCCUAAUGCCAAAAAUACAAAAUGUUCAACUCAGGAGCUUUUAAAAAAUGAAGCACUAGGAAACAUUUUAAUCAAUAACCAGUGACGAUGUAAAAAGCAACUAAAGGGAAGGGAAGGGCAAAUGCGAAAAAGAGAUGAAAAGAAGAAAAAAUUCAUAAAAGAUGAAUAGAAGAGAGGGAAGGAGAGUGAACCCGAAGCGCAUUGGGCUAAAGGUAUCCUCCCAGUCGCAGACGUGAGUGCACGAGGAAAGCAGAGCGGUGUUGGUUGAUCCGGAGUUCCACAAGGAGGGGAAGGCUCGGUGGGGAGGACCAAAGGGAAGAGGGUUUGGUACUCACGCCCGCUUCUUGAGGUGGUGCCGCGUGAUCAGCCCCUCGUCUAUCACAGCCCCAACCACCUGGUGCUUCAGUCGCCGCUCCCGGUUCAACACCCGCCGGCGCUUGAACAGCUUCUUCUUCAGUUCCUGCGUGGGAGAAACAUGCGAAUGAGACCGAGGCGGCGCACGGCAACCUGGGACAGCUAUGCCCGGAGACCCUGGCCUCCCAUCAAUCCCAUCUCGGGUGAGACAAGAAGACUCCAGGAGGUUUGGGGAAACAAAAUCGCGGCCCCCGCGCAGUCACCGUUCGGGGCCGGUUGAUCUUUCCCCCAGGAGCCCCCAUGGUCUCAGCGUGACGCGGGGUCCGCACUUCCGCUCCGCCCAGGGUUGGCAGAGCUCCGCCCCUCAGCCCUCCGAGGGCCAAUCGCAGCUCGGGGGCGGGUCGCGGGGCUAUAUAAUGUAGCUGGGCUGGCACUGAGGUCUUUCCAAGGGUGGCAGUAGGGUAAGUGUGUAUGCUGUCGGGGGACCGAGGCGCCAGUGCGGGGAUUUGGGGCUGGGCCGGGCCUGCGGACCCUCCUUUUCUUGGCGGGGACCGGGCGUGUGGUCCCGCUCCCCGUUAUGUACGGAGGCAGAGUGAAAGGGCUCCGGCCCCCUCGGCGUCAUGUCUUCGGUGCCGGCGGCUUCCCGUCCACCGGUUCUAUCCUCAAGCGCCGGGACACCGGGUUUCUUGAAACUGAGCAGAACCGAGAUCCAGCGUGCUCCGACCGGGGUGCUCACGCCUUCUCCUUUAAUUUCAGGACGACGGACGCCGCCCCAGAAGCGGGAGCUGUCCUAUCCUAUCCCCUGCUCUUGCACUUCGCGUUGCAACCAAUAAAGGCCGUUUCUACCGUACUAGGUCUUUGUCCGCGUUCUUUAUUCUGAGGCUGCGGAGUUCGGGGAGGCUGUAGGCGUUCUUCCACGACGCGGAAUUUGCAGAUCUUCCUUUGACCCUGAUACCCCUGGCUGGAGUGCGGUCGGCAUUUCCCAUAAAGUUCUUUGGCUGACCUUGCCUGGACCUCCGGAUGGCAGCGUUGCGGCGAACGUUCCACGUGCGGAGCCUGGUGGCUGGGACCCGCCGCACCUUUGCGGGCUCCCUGGCUGGUAGCUGCCUGGCAGACCGCUGCCUCUGGGAUCAACUUCACGCCCGGCCUCGUCUAGGAAGUGUCCCCACCUUCGACUGGUUCUUUGGAUACGAGGAGGUUCAGGGGCUCCUACUGCCGUUGCUGCAGGAAGCACGGGCUGCCAGUCCACUGCGGGUGCUGGAUGUGGGCUGUGGAACCUCCAGCCUGUGCACAGGCCUGUACACCAAAUCUCCACACCCAGUGGAUGUGCUGGGGGUGGACUUAUCUCCUGUGGCUGUGGCCCACAUGAACAACCUCCUGGAGGGUGGUCGAAGCCAAACACCUCUAUCCCCUGGGCACCCUGCCUCCUACCUCCGCUUCAUACAGGCUGAUGCCCAGAACCUGGGGCCUGUGGCUUCCUCAGGCUCCUUCCAGCUACUGUUGGACAAGGGCACCUGGGAUGCUGUCGCCCGAGGUGGUCUGCCUGGGGCUUACCAGCUACUAUCAGAAUGUCUCAGGGUCCUAAGCCCCCAGGGGACCCUGAUUCAGUUCUCAGAUGAGGACCCUGAUGUGCGGCUCCCCUGCCUAGAGCAAGGGUCCCAAGGCUGGACUGUCACUGUACAGGAGCUAGGCCCUUUCAGGGGUAUCACCUACUUUGCUUACUUGGUUCAGGGCUGUCAUUAGUAAAGACAUUUUGGUCCUGA